GAUAAUGGCCGAGACGACUAACCGGACAUUGUCCACAUCUGUUCGUGAAGACAGAGGUUUUGUAUCAGCUAAAACAGGGGAGAACUUGACUUUGCCAUGUUUCUAUGAAGGCAUUGUUGCUGCAAGGCUUUACUGGUAUAAGCAAACUGUUGGGCAGAAACCAAAUCUCAUCUCUACAUUCUAUAUGUAUAACAAAAACAUAGAUUUCUAUGGUGAAUUCAAUAACAAUUCACGCUUCACACUGAAUGCUGAAAAAGGGAAAGGUAAAAACCACUUGACCAUCACAGACUUACGCGUAUCAGACUCCGGUACUUAUUUCUGCAUAAAUUGCUAUCUAUACACGUUAGAAAUUUCCCAGAGCACUCUAGUCGACGUUAAGGGUUCAGAUCUGACAGCUUUAGUCCAUCAGUCAGCAUGUGAGACUGUCCAGUCAGGAGGCUUUGUGACUCUGAACUGUACAGUUCUCAAUGGGAGCUGUGAUGGAGAACACAGUGUUUACUGGUUCAAAAACUCUGAGGACUCUCCAGGACUCAUUUACACCCAUGGAGGCAGGAAUGAUCAGUGUGAGAGGAAACCCAACACACAAACACAAACCUGUGAAUACAACCUGCCAAUGGAGAGCCUGAAUCCUUCUCAUGCUGGGACCUACUACUGUGCUGUUGCCUCAUGUGGACACAAACAGUUUGGAAACGGGACCAAGCUGGACUUUGAGGGUGGCGUGGACUCUGGUUUCUUGGUGCAUUUCUCGAGUAUAGCUUUGACAUUCACCACCAUCCUGAGUGUUUUACUGGCUUUCUUAGUGUGCAUGAUGAACAAGAAAAACAGCUGCCAAUCAACAGGUAACUUGUACGGUUUGUAUCUUAUGGCUUGAUUUUGCAGAAUUUGGCCUUUGAUUAACCUGUUAAGCACCAAGCCUGUUUUUCAUGUUUCAGGCU